AUAGAUUAAGUUAAAAUUUAAAGAGUUAAUAAUAUUAAUUAAUCUCCUUAUAAAAGUAUAUUAUACUCUCUACAUUUUUUGCUUCCAUCAUGAACUCAUCUCUCUAUAUAUAUUCCUCUCUCUCUCCUCCUUUUCUCUCACCUUCUUCUUCUUCUUCUUCUUCUUCAAACCCUCUUAAUAAUUCUAUUAGAUUUGGAACUUUUAGAGAACAACCCAUUACACCCUUUUGUAAAAAAGUUCAAAUUUUGAGUUCAGAAAGGUUAAAUAGUGUGAAAAGAAGAAAAAGUUUUGUGCUUGAAGCUUCCACAAAAAUGACUAUUGAUGAUGAUAGUUUGUUGAAUUCUAGAGAUGAAGAAGAGUGUCCUCCUGAUUCUGUUCUAUAUGACACUGAAAAUAAUUCUAGACCUCGAAGAAUUGCUCUAUUUGUUGAACCUUCUCCUUUUUCAUAUGUCUCUGGAUACAAGAAUCGGUUUCAGAAUUUCAUCAAGUACCUUCGAGAAAUGGGAGAUGAGGUCAUGGUUGUGACAACACAUGAAGGAGUACCUAAGGAAUUUUAUGGAGCACAUUUAAUUGGAUCCAAGAGCUUCCCUUUUCCUUGGUAUCAGAAGGUACCCUUAUCAUUGGCACUUAGUCCAAGAAUUAUUUCAGCAGUUGCUCAGUUUAAGCCUGACAUUAUACAUGCAUCAUCACCUGGCAUAAUGGUAUUUGGUGCUCUUAUCAUUGCAAAGCUUCUGUCUGUUCCUAUUGUCAUGUCCUAUCAUACCCAUGUACCAGUAUACAUUCCAAGAUACACAUUUAGCUGGCUGGUGCAACCAAUGUGGUUGGUUUUAAAGUUUCUGCAUAGAGCAGCUGAUCUAACUCUAGUGCCAUCAGCUGCCAUUGGAAGGGAUCUUGAAGAAGCUAGAGUAACCACAGCGAACAAGAUUCGUCUUUGGAACAAGGGUGUUGAUUCUGAAAGUUUUAACCCUCGAUACAAGUCCCAUGAAAUGCGAUUGAGACUGAGCAAUGGUGAACCGGAGAAGCCGUUGAUUGUUCAUGUCGGGCGGUUUGGAGUUGAGAAGAGUUUAGAUUUUCUCAAAAGUGUCAUGGAUAGGAUUCCUGAAGCACGAAUCGCUUUUAUUGGAGAUGGACCCUACAGGGAGGAGCUAGAGAAAAUGUUUGAAGGUAUGCCUGCAGUAUUCACCGGAAUGUUAGGAGGCGAAGAACUAUCUCAAGCGUAUGCAAGUGGCGAUGUCUUUGUUAUGCCGUCAGAGUCCGAGACACUAGGUCAAGUUGUUUUGGAGGCCAUGUCUUCAGGGAUUCCUGUCGUGGGGGCACGUGCAGGUGGAAUCCCAGACAUAAUCCCUGAAGACCAAGAUGGCAAAAUUGGCUAUCUCUACACUCCGCGCGAUCUCGAAGACUGCUUGAGCAAACUAAUUCCUCUACUGCACGACAAAGAGUUGAGAGAAACAAUGGGGAAAACCGCACGUUUAGAGAUGGAGAAAUAUGAUUGGAGGGCAGCCACUAGAACGAUCCGCAACGAAAAUUACAAUGCUGCGAUUUGGUUUUGGCGUAAGAAAAAAGCUCAAGUUUUGUUACCGUUCCAAUGGCUAGCGAAACGCAUUUUCCCAUCGCCGGAAGUCGUUUAGGUAAUGGAAGAUGCAGCUUCUAAACUUUGGGAUGGUUCAUUGCUUGAUUGCUUAGGCUUCAAGGAAGAAGCCUUGUAUUAAUUAGACAAAUUUGUGAUGGGUUGAAUGUAAUGCAUUCAUUUGCUAUAUAAAAUGGAUCAAAAAUUGUGGUAGCUUGUGCCAUAUUUUGUACCAUUAUAAAUAUUUUUUUGGUACAGUACUAUUAUGAUUAUAAUGUAGAUUAAAGAUGACUGUCAGUUCAUAGUUCAUAUGUUAUGUAAUAUCAAGAAACAUUGUCAAGUAGUAAUUUGAGAAUCCACUCAGGUAUUUGGACCACAAAUAUGCAACAAAAAAUUAUAUGAAUGUACAAAACAUUGUCUCA